CCAAAUCUUGUUUCUAUGGCUUGGUUAGCAGGACCUAUCGCUGGUAUAAUUGUUCAACCCAUAGUUGGUACUCUAUCAGACCACUAUGAGAGUAGAAUGGGAAGGAGAACUCCCUAUAUUCUGGCAGGUUCAUUCUUCUCAGCCGUUGCUUUGUUAUUAUUUGGUAAUGCAGUAAAGUUGGGAAAAUGGUUGGGAGAUGAAGAAACAGCAAGUUCUAAUGGAUUGGAAACUGAUCAUGUUGCUCGUUAUGGACUUGUGAUUGCAAUCGCCUCCUUUUGGUUAUUAGACUUUUCGUUAAAUGCCGCUCAAGGUCCUUUACGAGCGCUCAUGGCAGAUAUUGCUCCAUCCGAACAACAAGAGCAAGGCAAUGCCUUUUUUGCACUUAUGACUGGAGUUGGAAACUUGCUUGGAAAUAUUUUAGGUUCCAUUCCUUUAUCGAAAUAUAUUAUUUUUAUAUCUUCGGAUAUCUGUGCGUUGUAUACCAUAGGAGCCAUCAUGAUAAGCAUAACCAGCUCUAUUUGUGCAUCUUUUGCAAGAGAAAAGGAUAGUCUUUGUCGAACAGUUCAUCAUCAAAGAAGUCAUUACUUGACGUUUACAAAUGAAAGUAAUGAACUCAUGGAAGACGCAAAUAGUUUAGACUUGCAAGAAGAAAUAGAGAGACGAUUGGAAAGCAAGAGUUUGAAAAAGAUCAUCUCAAAUGCUCCUUCUCCUUUUUGGAAGCUUUUUUUGAUACAAUGCUUUACUUGGUUUGCGUGGUUUACAGAAUUUGUGUUUAUCACUUCUUGGAUGGGUAGUGAAGUUUUGGAAGGAGAUCCCAACGCUCAAGAGAAUUCGGAAGCUCGUUCAGUUUUUGAUUACGGAGUGAGAAUGGGAAAUGUUGGUUUAUCGAUGCAGUCAUUGGCAUCUAUCGCUUAUUCUUUGGUGUUGCCAAACCUCAUCAAACUUUUUGGUAUCAAAUAUUGCUAUUUUUUAGCUCAUUUGUUAUUGGGCUUUUGUCUUUGUUGGACGCCGAUAUUAACCCACAUACAUUCCGUCUUAUUGUCCAUUAUUUGUAUCUCUUUGUUGGGCUUACCUUGGGCCUCAACUAUGACAAUUCCUUGGGCCAUAUUAUCUCGUACAAUAAGAACAAAGGUACCAGAAAACAUCGGAAUGUAUUCUACUAUAUUCAACUUGAGUCAAUGCUUUCCAGAAAUUUUAGUUUCUGUCAUUGCAGAGAAACUAUUGGGUCAUUUGAAUAGACAAACUAUGAUACUGGCAAUGGGAGGUGUGAUGGCAAUAUUAGGUUCCUUGUUGAUAUUUACAUUAUAAGAGUCACUCAUCAAUAUCCAAUAAUAACAUAAUACGCUUUCUAUCUCCAAUACAGUGGAUUCCCAUUUCCUUGAGGUCUUGUUCAGUCAACUGAGAUAAAACUUGGCCAUCUAUAGCAUGUUCAAGAAAUAGUUUGGAAUAGCUUUGUAACCCAUUUUUACUUAAUAUCUCCGCAACUUGUUCCACACUGUAGAAUUCUCUCUCCACGAUAACAGGUAAACAUAGCUUUUUGGAACAACAACUCGAGACCUUGUUUCCUUUCUGUGGUUGAAAAAGUUCCCAACAAAUAAAACCAAAGGCAAAAGUCGGAACUGUAUAGCGAAACAUUGUCCACGAAUAAAGUAACAAUAGUCUUAAGCAACUUAGAAAUAAAGUACCAGCAACCAAAGUUCCAAACUUGAGACAAUGCAACAACAACAAAGGGGGAGCCAACCAACCGGGUCGCAUACCAGGCCAAACUACUAAACCAAGUGAUAUGUAUUUGCGAAUAGUAUGUAACGCUACAUAAGAAUAUAUGAGUUGAGUACUAACAAAAAGAAAUAACAUCGUGAUGGAAACAUAGCGGACUGCUUUGUUCCAACGGUUGUUAGUCAAGUGGUUGUCUUUCCAAUUGUCGUGCUUGG